AUGAACGAAUUAUCAGUUAAUGACGCGUUUGACGAAAUUGAAAUGGAAUCUUUUGAUUUUAUUUGGGAAGAAUGGGAAGAAUAUAAGGGUGACAUUCCCAUGUGGCAACAUAUAUUUUGUGGUAGCAUUGCAGGGUUAAUGGAGCAUGUUUUUAUGUACCCAUUGGAUACCCUGAAAACUUAUAUUCAAACAAAUGAUCGUUUAAAAAGUAAGAAAAUGUCUGAAAUGUGUAACUUAUACAGUUGCACAGGUAAUAAUAACCAUUUUAGUGAAUUAUGUGUACACAAUAAUGGUAUUAGUAAUAAUAUUAAUAUUAAUGCUCAUAUUGAUAAGAAAAAGUUUUGUUCAUCCACUGGAUGUGAUAACUGUAUAUAUAAUAAGACAUGCUGUUAUAACAUUUGUAAUAUGAAGAUAUUUGGACGGUUUAAUAAAAAUAAUAUGCGCAGUAUGAACACAUUUCAAGGAUUAGGGGGAAAUAAAAACUUACUAAGUAAAUUUCAUUAUAAUUUACGUGCAGGAGAAAAAGAUGUAGCCCAUGUCAAGAACAAACAAUUUAGGCAAAAUAAUUAUUGCAAUAAAAUAUUGAAUAAGCGUUUAAAUAGUAAAUGUAAUGAUAAAUAUGCUAACUGUAAUUAUAGGCAUAUGUCAUACGCUUUGAAAGGAGGAAGACGGUAUAAUUUAAUUGUCCGGUCUUCCUUAAAAUCAGAUGAUAGCCCUUCGGCAUACAACUGUAAAAAUAGAAGGGUUAAUUCUUUAAUGCAUAAUAUUAACAAAAUGGAAUAUAAUAAAUUGAGAAGAGGUUCUGAUAAAAGGAAGGAAAAUUUAGGAAAUGGAAACACUAACAUUGCUGUGAAGAACGCUGUGGUUGGAUCAUCAUCAAAUGGUAGUAGUAACAAUAAAGAUAACAACUGUAAUAGGAACAAUUGCAAUUUAAAAGAAAAGAAAGUAUGGCUCUUUUUGGAUAAUAAAAAAGAAAACAAUUUCCGUAAAUGGAAAGAAGUUUUAUCAAAGAGCAUUUACAAGAAGGAUAAAGUAAAAGAAAGUUCUCGAAGAAUAAAUUACUAUAAAUAUUCGAUGAAGAGUAAAAGUAUGAAAAUUUUAAAACGUAUCCCAAAUUUUAGUAUUCAUUUAAAGUUGUUACUACAAAAGGAAGAUACAAAUUAUUUGAAACAUGGCUAUCUUACACGUAUGCAAAAGAAUAAAAUUUUAUUGAACUCAAUUUUACACAAAAAUAUACUGAUAAAAAAUGAAAAAGGGAAUAAUACAUUUCUAUAUAUUAAAAGGGGAAAUUGUUUAAGUUCUUUGGUGAACAGUAUGAAGGAGACACUUAUUUGUUCUGUGAAAAAGUGUUACCAUUUUAGUAGAUUUAAUAAAAUUAUUAAGGUAAAAGAUUUUUCUUCAAAUUUAUCUUUUAAGUUUUUUUUUCAAAAAUUUAUGUGUGCUGGUGAUGCAAACGUGCAAAGGGAAAUGUUGAGGAAUUAUUUUAAAUUGCCUAAAGGCUCAGAUAAUAAUAAUAAUAGUAAGAAUAGUAAUGGUAGCAAUAGUAUUACUUAUAAUAAUAGUUAUGGGAAUAGUCGUUCUCGUUAUUGGAAUUAUUAUAACUUUAGUAGAACAAAUAAGAAAGGGAACACAUUUCAGAAUUGCUAUAUGAAUAUUUUGAAUACGUUGAAAAAUAAAAAAAAUUAUAUCAACACUUUUGCAUACUCUGUUCAAAAAAUGAAAAGUGCCCUCCUAACAAAUUUUAGAUUGGAAAAAAAUACAUCAUCAUUAAUUUUAUCAAAUGAGGAACGAAUGAGAAAUAAAUGUGCAAAUUAUUCCACAUUAUUUAGAAAUAAUAACAUUUUUUUAAAUAAUUUAAUGUAUGUUACGAAAAGCAAUAAUUGUAAAAGUCUGUUUGAUAGAAAUAUUCAUUCAUCAAACAAACCGAAUUUUUACAAAAAUUGUAGUAGGAAUCGAAUUAGUAACGAAUUUAAUAAAAAUUUUAAAAGUUUUAAUUUUUUUAAAAGUAUUUUUCCAGAUAUAAACAAUAGAAUAAAUAUUACAACAAGAUAUAAUUGUAGUUUAAUAAGAAAUAAUGUGGUGAAUUUAUACAAAGGAGUAAAUGUUGUUAUGUUAGGGUGCAUUCCGGCACAUGCAUUGUAUUUUUCAACAUUUGAAUAUAGUAAGAAGUAUUUUUCAAGUAUGAGUACAGGUUACUUUCCAGUUAAUAUUUUAAACAGUAAUAGUAAUAAUAGAAGUAGUAGAAGUAAUAAAAUAGAUGGAAUAAACUACAAACUAAAUGACUUAAAUUAUUUUGGUAUAGCUGUGUCUGGUUUUCUAGCAACAGUAGCACAUGAUAUAAUUAUUACUCCAAUUGAUACAUUAAAACAAAGGAUUCAACUAGGAAUAAAUAAAAAUUCCUUAGAUUCUUUAAAAAUUUUAAGAGAAAAUGGAAUUAGAAGUUUAUAUUUAAGUUUACCAAUAACACUGCUGAUGAACAUACCUUAUCAAAUUAUUAUGAUAUGUACUAAUGAAAAAAUGAAAAAAAUUUACUUUGAAUAUGUAUGCAAUAUGAAUGGUGCAAGUAAAAAUAAUUAUGAAAAUAAAUAUACGAGUCAUAAGGAUAGUAACUCAGGAAAGGUGAAAGAAGAGUUCAAUGAUCUACAUAAUUCUCAAAAUAAGAGGCAAAAUAUUAAUAUAAUAAAUGAAUAUAAUGAAUUGAAACGGACUGAAAAAUGUGGUAAUAAUACGAGUAAUUCAAAUUGUAACAUGGAAAAAGUUAGUGGAAUGAAUAAUAAAUUAAUGAAGUUUUAUAUUGAUCAAGAUUUAUAUUCUAUGAACAAUUUUAGUAAGAACAGAGAGAGGAAAUUUUUACAAAAUGAUAUUGAAAAUGCUAUAGGAAGAAACCUAACAGGUUUUAAUGAAGAACAAACUAAUCGUGACCUUUUCAUAAAGAAUGUUGUUAAUAGAUUAGAAAAUGAUUCGAGUAAUAAUAAUGGUACACAACAUUUUGAUCAUAAAAUAAGGGAUUCGUUCGAUAUUUCGAAACAAAAAUUUAAUAAUAAUAUGGAAUUAAAAAAUAUAUGGAUGGAUAAUUAUAAUAAAAAUGAUUUUUUUAAUAAAACGUUUAAUCAUAUUACUUCCUAUUUCGUAUGUGCAGGAAUUGGUGGGGGUAUAGCAGCUGUAGUAACAAAUCCUCUUGAUGUAAUAAAAACAAGAAUUCAGACAGAAUGUUUUAAUACAAAAGGUUUUAAUUUUUUUAGAGUAGUUUCUAAUUUGUAUUAUAAGGAAGGACUACGUUCCUUUUUCAAGGGAUCCCUAGCAAGAAUGGCCUUGUGUAUACCGGCUUCAGCGGUAUCGUGGGGAACAUAUGAAACAAUGAAGAGAUUUUUCAAAAUUAACUUUAAUUCCAUGUAG